AGAAACGGUUGUUGACGUCACCGCUCAAACGGAAACUCUGGGAAAUGGCGUAUGCUCCUGACUAUAACACUGAGUACUCCGACAAUUUCAGACUAAAAGCGGAAGAAAAGGGAUUAAAUAAAGAAGAUAUAUUUCGUAGUCAACGAACGCGGCCACUCGAACAAUGCAGCAUUGAGCAACGCAAUAACUUUGCAGGUUUCAUUUCUAACAAGCACAAGUCGAUUUUCCGCGACGAACCCAGCAAGGAUGUCCUGAACAAACCCUACGGACGUCGGUUGAUGCAUGAUGAAACUCAUCCGGAUCUCAUUUACGGAUCACAAUGGUCGAGUGAGUUGGCUGACCAUAACGGAUGUUACUCUUUUCCAACAACGACUAAUUUACAAGCUGAACAUCCAUUUUACAAAAAUCUUGAGUGGAUGAAGGAAGGGGAAACCGGUAAUUGGCCGACAAAUGCUUGGAAGGAGUGGACUCAAAUUAGUGAGUGUCCUAAGUACGACGGCUACAGCGAUCAAGUCGAGUAUAGCAAAUACAAAACAAAUGUUUACUAA